UACCAUUGCGCAAUCUCAACGUUUCCUGCGAUAUCCUAUCGACCUACCCCACAUUUUGAGAUGGUCAAAAAAAUUUGUUUUAAUUUUUUUGUCAGUAACAAAAUAACAAUUUAACUGUUACGAAAUACAUAAUGACUUUAAAGUAAUUUGUGAUCCACACAGAAAAGCAAUUUAAUACAAUGACAUAAAAUUAAGCUUAUCACCUUAAUUCCUAUUCACUACAUUUUUGGUACGGCUGAUAUUUUUUCAUGAGGUACAUCUAUUUCGAUUAGAAAUCGACCUCCUCCAGCUUUUCAUACCGAAAAUGCGAGCGUCCCCAAUCACGUUGUCUCCCCAUCUUGCUCUUAGGGCCGGUUUAUCAAUAUUUAGUUAAGUCGAUUUAUCUGUCGGUUAAAAUUGUAUCUAAUAGAUAACGUCGACGAAUCGUUUAUCCACCCGUAGUUUAGGGUUAUCUUUUAAAUAAAUAUGACAUUUGGAUACCCACCAGAUUGAAGUACUGGUUAAGGGUUUACCUAUUAGAUAUUGUCAAAAAGAUAUACAUACAUAAUUCAAAGGUCAAUGUCAAAAAUAAAUUAAGCUAUUGUGGUGAUGGAUAAGCAGGAGAAAGUGAAAAGAUCCUCCAAUUUUACUAAAGCAGAAAAAAACUUGCUGAUUGAUUUGGCAAACAAAUAUAAAAAUAUAAUAGAAAAUAAGAGAACCGACGCUGUAACAUGGAAACAAAAAGAUGAAUGUUGGGGUUAAAUUACUGCAAAAUUUAAUUGUUGUAGUAUUGGAAUAGUAAAUAAAAACGUUGAAAUAAAACAAAUAUAAAAUAAUCUCAAUUCAUGGCUUUAGCCAAGAACUACAAAACAACUGCGAAUGAAAUAUGAUGGGAUAAAAAAGGAAAUAAAAAUUAUUCUGCGCACAAAAAUUACUUAAAAGGCACGGGUGGUGGAAAGCCAAUGAAAGAACCAGUUCCAUCCACCGAAAGUGAAAAAGAACUUACAGACAAAUGUAACAAAGGACGUCACAGAAGAAGACGUUAUGUGCCACUGGAAUGAAUUUGAAGUUGCAAUGCUACAAACCGAAAAACAUCCGGCAUUACAACUUCAAAGUAAUUUCCAGGAUAACACUUCUUCUUCUUUGGAAACACAAAAUAUUCCUCCAAACACUAUAUCAGAAGUAGAGAUUACCCCAAUCAUAGAAGUAAUUCCUUCGGAAGUUAUUACGCAAAAACAAUGUCAAAAUGAAAAUGAGUUGAGAAAAUGGUCGAGCCGUAGGAGACCUGUUAUUAAAAAAAGUUGUAACAAAUCUAUAUCAACGCAAUUUGAAAAGUUGGUAGAACGAAAGGAAAGCUUAUUAACAGCACUCACAGAACAGUUCAGUAAGCAAAAUAUUUGGGCAGAAGAAGAGCAUAAAAUAAAGCUGGAAAUACUUAACAUACAAAAAGAACAAGAAGCCGUAAAAUUACGUACACUUCAAAUGGAAUUGGAAAUAGUAAAAUUGAAAUUUCCUCAAUAUCAAUCUGGGGAUUAGAUCGCCAUUGGAUUUUUUUUAUAAUUUGUUAUAUUGUUAUAACAUAUAAGUGAUAUUUGAGUAUAGUAUUUUUUAUUUAAAUUCAACUAUUUAUAGACAACGUAUUUGUUAAUAAACAACAAUCCA